AUGGUCAAGGGUGACGACGUGCUGGUGACAGUGCAGCAGGGCACACUUAGAGGGACCAUGGCCACGAGCGUCUACAACGCGUCCUACACGGCAUUCCUGGGCAUCCCCUAUGCUCAGCCUCCACUCGGGGAGCUGCGCUUCCAGCCUCCGCAAGCUGCCAGCAGCUGGGAGGGCGUGCGCAACGCCACGGAGUACGGCAGCGACUGCGUGCAGGAGACGGGCGAGGGCUCGGAGGACUGCCUCUACCUGAACGUGUACGUGCCAGGGGCGCCGCAGGAGGGCGCCGGGCUGCCCGUGCUCUUCUACGUGCACGGCGGCGGCUUCGUCAGGGGCAGCGGCUCCGACCAGAAGUUUGGACCGGACUUCCUCGUCUCAUAUGGAGUUAUACUGGUCACCAUCAACUACCGCCUUGGGCCGCUAGGCUUCCUAAGCACUGGUGACGAGGUGGUCUCUGGCAACGCGGGACUCAAAGACCAGCUGCUGGGGCUCUCCUGGGUGCAGAGCAACAUCGCGCGCUUUGGUGGUGAUCCUCAGCGUGUGACGCUGGACGGACGCAGCGCAGGUGGCAUGUCCGUCUCCUUACAUCUCAUCUCACCUCUGACUGCAGGUUUCUUCUCGCAGCUGAUAGACCAGAGCGGCACCUUCGUUGGUGGCAUGUCCGUGGUGCAAGAUCCUGGGUACCACGCCUUCAGACUGGGUUCUGUCCUCGGCUACGAAGCGGAAAACUCGCAGCAGCUGGUGCAGUUCUUACGCUCUGUCAACACCACUGACCUCCUAGUGGAUAAGUCGCUCUUAAUGACGGAUGAGCAAAAACUGUACAUGGGUUACGGCGUUUGGGCACCCACUAUCGAACCGGACAUCGAAGGUGCUUUCAUCACAGAGUCACCAAUUCGAACACUGAAUGCGGGCACUUUCAACAAAGUGCCCAUCAUGAUUGGGGUUACGUCUGCUGAAACUGGGGCCAAUAUUCUGAAUGACUCAGUCAAGGUUAGCAACCUCAACGAAAAUUUUGAAGCAGUGGUGGGACCAUGCCUCCAUCUACAAACGACGGAUGAGCAGACGCAAGCAGCACUUAAACUUAAGAAUUUCUAUUUUGGCAACGAAACCAUCAGCCUAGAUAAUCCUGAACCUUUGGUCCACCUUAGUCAAGACAUGAGUUUCUUCAACCCCACCGACGCACUCGUCAGAAGAAUAGUGGAAGUUACUGAUCUGACAGUCUACUACUACGAGUUCGACUAUCGCGGGGUGAACGUACCCAAGAACGAAUGGGGUGUUGAACACGAAGGAGAACAAGGAUUCCUCUUCCUCCGUUAUAAUGGUGACACUAAUUAUAACUUGGACCCACAAUCCGAAGAGGAUCAAGUACGGAGGAAUAUGCUGCGCCUGUGGACCAACUUCGUAAAAUACGGGAAUCCAACCCCUGAGGCGGAUCCCGUGGUGUGGGAGCCGUACGACCUGAGCAGCCGCAGCUACCUGCUGAUGCAGGCCAACUUCUCGCUCGCACACGACAGGCUUGGCGAGCGCAUGGAUUUCUGGAACGAGAACGUACCGCUAGAACCAUAUCCUGGGACCUACUGA